GGCUGGCCCAAUGAAAGCGCCGGACACGAGCGGGCCGAUUCUGGAAGCCAUUACGCCACUGCCGCAAAGUGGAGGCCCGCUGUGGUGCUGGCGACGCCGAGGAGGCGCGGUCCUUGCUUUGUGCCCCAGCCUGCCUCCCGCUGUCCUGCUCCACCACUGGGCUUGGCCCGGAGCUCGCCACACCCAGCCGGACCUGGGUGGCCGGCGCCCAAUGGCCAUGCCGUCUCCUCCGGGACCGCCGGCCAAGAAGCGGAAGAUGAACUUCUCGGAGCGGGAGGUGGAGAUCAUCGUGGAGGAGCUGGAGCGGAGCAAGCACCUCCUGAUCAACCACUACAACGCCGGCGUGUCUCUGGCCGCCAAGGCCGCCGCCUGGCACAACAUCCUGCGCCGCGUGAACGCCGUGGCCACCUGCCGCCGGGAGCUGCCCGAAGUCAAGAAGAAGUGGUCCGACCUCAAGACGGAGGUGCGGCGCAAGGUGGCCCAGGUCCGAGCCGCCGUGGAAGGAGGAGGAGGGGGCGAGGGCCAGGGCGGAAGCGUGGAGGGGCCGGUUGUGGAAGACCCCGCCAGUGCCGCCGCCACCCCGGUCAUCCUCACUUCCAUGCAGCAGCGCAUCUGCAACCUCUUGGGAGAAGCCACCAUCAUCAGCCUCCCUGCUGGAGACUGUACCGCUGCCGAUGGGACGGAAAUCCCAAUCACGGCUGCAGCCACGACGGUCACCCUGACGCAGAUUCCAGCAGAGGCGAAGUAUCACAGCCUAGAGGACGGCGUGGUGGGGUACUGCACCACCGAGGCCCCCGCCACGGUCACGGUGGCGGCCGAGGCGCCCCUGGAGAUGGUGGCCCCACCGGGCGAGGCCUGCGCGAAGCCUCAGGAGCUGAAGAGCCGCAUCGCCUUGAACUCGGCCAAGCUCCUGCAGGAGCAGCGCGUGACCAACCUGCACGUGAAGGAGAUUGCGCAGCACCUGGAGCAGCAGAACGACCUGCUGCAGGUGAUCCGGCGGUCGCAGGAGGUGCAGGCGUGCGCCCAGGAGCGCCAGGCCCAGGCUAUGGAGGGUGCGCAGGCUGCCCUCACCGCCCUCGUCCAGGUCCUCCGCCCCGUCAUCAAGGACUUCCGGCGGUUCCUGCAGAGCAACACGCCCACCCCGCCGGGGCCCGCGGGCCAGAGCCAGGCCGCCCAGAACGGGCAAGACGGCGAGGACAAUUACACCAUGAAAUGAAUCCCACACGCCAAGCGAAAAAGCUGCCUUUGAGCCAUGGACCUCCUCGAGAGGCAGUGCCAGGGGCGUCCCUGGCCGCAGCAUUCAAACUGCUUUUGUACCUUCCUAUAGAAACCCUUUCGGGAUUUUUCCUGGGAUUUCACCCCCAUUAUUUUUUUUAUUUCAACAAGUACAGAAUUGAUAUGUAGCCUCCACUGGGCACUCAGAACUCAAACUGGGGUAUUAAAAAUAAACCACAGAGCCAUCGCACUUCCCUAUCCGAAAA